GCGUGUGCCUGUCAAAGAAAUCAAGUUUACUUUUUCUGACUUGUUAACAGAGGCAGGGUAUAAAUAGAGCUAACUCUGCUCAGACUAUUAGCAUUUCUCUUAAAAUAAGGGGGUAACUUCCUAGGACCUUUAAUCCAAUGAGGUCCAGACCAAACUGCACUAUCAACAGAGGCAGCAAAGGAGCUUGCUGAAGUUUUUACAGAAGUCAGGUGCAUUUGGGUUCCUCGAAAAUUUAAGGCUUACCAAAAAAAACAAAACAAAAAAAAGAGCAAGCCCAAGCAAACAAGAACGACCUCCAGCUCAGUCACUGCCAUUGCCCUGGAGAAGUUCUGAGAUGUUGGUGCUGUUCACGCGGUGGAUGUGGAUCUUGCUGGGGAAGAGCAGUGUCCUGUUGCUUCUGGAGGUCUCUCUGAAAGGGAGAGCCCUACCUCCAAUCCGGUAUUCCCACGCUGGGAUAUGCCCCAAUGACAUGAACCCCAACCUGUGGGUAGACGCGCAGAGCACUUGCAAGAGAGAAUGUGAAGCUGAUCUGGAGUGUGAGACCUUUGAGAAGUGCUGCCCCAAUGUCUGUGGAACGAAGAGUUGUGUGGCGGCUCGGUACAUGGAUGUCAAGGGGAAAAAAGGGCCGGUGGGAAUGCCCAAAGAGGCAACCUGCGACCGUUUCAUGUGCAUCCAACAAGGCUCAGAAUGCGACAUCUGGGACGGGCAACCCGUCUGCAAGUGCAAGGACAGGUGUGAGAAGGAGCCGAGCUUCACCUGUGCCUCCGAUGGGCUCACCUACUACAACAAGUGCUACAUGGAUGCCGAAGCUUGCAUCAAAGGCAUUACACUGAAUGUAGUCACCUGUAGGUACCAUCUUACCUGGCCAAACACCAGCCCUAUCCCACCAGAAACAACAGCUCGCCCUACUACUGCCUAUUCCGAGACAACAGUCAUUGAUAUCUUGCCACCCGCCCUAGUGAACAACCCCGUCCAUCAGUCGGUCUACGUGGGAGAGACCGUCAGCUUCCUCUGUGAUGUUACAGGGAGACCCAAGCCAGAAAUCACAUGGGAGAAGCAGGUUGAUGGGAAAGAAAAAGUCAUUAUGAAGCCAAAUCACGUCAGAGGGAAUGUCGUGGUCACCAACAUUGCCCAACUGGUCAUCUACAACACGCAGCUCCAAGACGCAGGCAUCUACACCUGCACUGCCAAAAACAGCGGUGGCCUUCUCAGGGCUGAUUUCCCCUUGUCAGUCAUCAAAGGAGAACCCACAUCUAAAGAAGCUUCCCAAAACAAAACACAUUUUCCAACCGAUGAAUGCCUGAAACAACCAGACAGCGAAGACUGUGGGGAAGAGCAGACCAGGUGGUACUAUGAUGCAAAGAAAAACAACUGCUUUACUUUCAUCUAUGGGAACUGUAACAGCAACCUCAACCACUUUGAGACCUACGAGAACUGUAUGUUAACCUGCAUGAACGGCCCAAUCAACAUUUGCAAUCUGCCAGCCCUCCAAGGUCACUGCAAAGCCUAUGAGCCCAGAUGGGCCUAUAACAGCUUGACAAAGCAGUGCCAGUCCUUCAUUUACGGCGGGUGUGGAGGCAAUGAGAACAACUUUGAGAGUCGGGAGGCCUGUGAAGAGAUGUGCCCUUUCCCGAAGAACACGCACUGCAAAGCUUGCAAACCACGCCAGAAGCUGGUGACAAGCUUUUGCAAAAGCGACUUUGUUAUCCUGGGCCGUAUAACAGAGCUGACUGAAGACCAAGACUCGGGACAUGCUCUGGUGACAGUGGAGGAGAUUCUCAAAGAUGAAAAAAUGGGAUUAAAAUUCCUGGGGAAGGAACCACUAGAAAUCACGCUUUUGAACAUGGACUGGAGCUGCCCGUGUCCCAACAUGACCACGGUGGAUGGCCAGCUCAUCAUCAUGGGAGACGUCCACAAUGGCAUGGCUGUCCUACAGCCAGACAGCUUUGUGGGGACCUCCAGCAUCCGGCGCGUGCGGAAACUUCGCGAAGUCAUCCACAAGAAAACCUGCGAGCUUUUGAAAGAGUUCCUAGGAUUGCAUUAACCUCCUUCACGCGUGUCAGCCUUCCAGACCCGUGUGUUACGUAGGGCUAACGAGCGCUAGGCUAGUGCACAAACUAAACAAGCUGUUUGAAGAUACACCGUAGGAAUUAUGCAGAACCCUUAUUUUAAUCCAUUAAUGAUGCUUAGCAACAAUGUAGUAUGGUCUUUGGCAAGCACGUAAAACAGGGGCAAAAGGCUAUUAAUCUUGCAUUGAAAUCAAUUUGUCCAUAUAGGAGUGCCAUUUAACUAGAUGACUCACUGCAGUAAUUAUACAAUUUUUAUGUAGCUUCCAUCAUAAAUGACGGAAUUCAUAGCAUUUGUUUAGCUAAUUGGUACACAGCUAAGUAAUAUAUAAUGUCAACUUAAUCUGUCUCAUUUAUGGUAUGGAAAUGCUAUGGUAAGUCAUUAUAAGUAAGUCACACUCUUGUCUCUUUAUAGCAGCACUAAUAUUUCAAGAGAAAAGCCUGUAAAUUAUUGUCUAUAUUUACAAUUGUGCACAUUUAAC